AUGCGGGAGGUCAACUUCAGCAUUCCUAAUGUCAAUAAGGCCUCUGUUAAUAUCACAACCACGCUGUACGACCGGCGUGCCCUCGAUUGUACAUCUACGCUACCGCUUAUAAAUUCCCUCAAUCAUUUGGCCUAUCUCACCACAUCGUCGGCCCGCAUUCGCGAUAUCCUGACCGUCGAUGGCGGCAUCGAACGGCUGGUAUGUAUCCUCAAGGAGGGUCGGAGUCGGGAUUUGAUGGAGAUGUGGAAGUGGAGCCUCGCCUUUCAAUGCGUUGUCAAUAUUGGUGUGCGGGGCUCGGAGAGUGUGCGGACGCGAGUAGUCGAAGCCGAUAUGGUGCCGGUGAUUGCCACCAUCCUGGAUAACUAUAUUAAAGUAGUCGAAAAGACCCGUCCACGGGCAGAUCCAGAAACCCAGCGACACUCGUCUCGACACCAUUCCAAGGGGGCUAUCACCAGCGAUGCUCCUGCGCGUCCGGCCUAUGUGGAUCAAUCGACGAACACGGAACAACGCCCCUCUCGCCGCCAGGCGCCACCACCUCACAUUGAAAUCCCUCCUUUCUACCAAGACAGCCAUGCUUCCGACACUAACGCCAUGGACGUUACGUCGUCUCCUCGGGUACCCGUGACCUCUCCUCCGGAACAGAGCACUUUCACACAGGAUGGCCCCAGCCCUAGCAGUGAUACCCGGUAUGCCCAAGCCGCUCAGCGUCUCCGGGUGAUACAGCCCCUGGCCACCACCCUGCGUCCCAUGAGUGCUGCCGAUGGCUUCGGUCUGCGCCCGGUGCGCGACACCGAGCGACUCCCCAGUAUGCUGCCGGGCUUCCACAAUGGCAUUGUAUCUCAGCCUGAUUCCCCUACCACCCCAAGCGGACCUGCGCAGCUGCGCAGCAACACUCAAACAACACUCGCCCGGCCCCGUCCUACCCUGAGGCAACAACAAUCAGCCUCCGGUGAGUCGGAUGAUGGGAACGGUGAGGGUUCGACAAUGGGCGAUGACACAGUUUCUGGCGAAGCUACUGAGCCUAUCGUUGGCAUCCAGAACCGUAUGGAGAUUGAUGAUGUCGGCGACCGGCAAACGGUGCUGGAAGGCGUGUCCAAUACGCACGACCUCACUGUCAAUGACACUUCCGAAAGCCAGGAAGCCGAGACAUUCAACAUCACCCACCGGUCUACCUUGAUCGCGAACGACGCAGCGCGCACAAACCCAGCGUCGGGCUUGUCGCCCACGCAGGCCCCCAACCAAGCCACUUCGCCCGCGAUUGUUCCCAGCCCAUACUCGCUGUACGUGCGCGACCGAUCGACGACCGCAGCUCAGGGGGUCUUGACAUCGAUGCCUCGGGAUGAAGAUGUCCUGAUGUCGCUUCAGCUCCUUGCCUAUGUGUCCAAGUACUGCAACCUCCGCUCCUACUUCCAGCAUUCACACCUCGUCCCGAAGCUCAAGAUGGACCGCGAACUCCAGAUGCUGGAGGAGGGCGUGUCCCCGAUUGAACCUGCCGAGGAGGAAGAUGAGUACCUGCUGCCUGACGACGUCAACAUCUUCCCGCUAGUGGAAAAAUUCACCGUGCGACACCACUCCAAGGACAUGCAAUACUGGGCGUGUGUGGUGAUGCGCAAUCUCUGCCGCAAGGACGAGUCACGCGGCGGCAUCCGACAGUGCGCAUACUACAAGUGUGGAAAAUGGGAGGAGUUUCAGCGGCAGUUUGCCAAGUGCCGACGCUGCCGGCGCACCAAGUACUGCAGCAAAGAUUGCCAAAAGGCGGCGUGGGUGUAUCAUCGCCACUGGUGCCACACGACGCCAUGA